UUAUCUUUCAAGCAUAUUAUUGAACUCGUAUUUUCUCCUUUACAAUACGCACUUUGAAAGUUCCCUUAACUUUUUAUAUUCUCCCUUUGGGAAAAUUUUGAAAAAGUUUUAUUUAUACUCUUUUAACAUUUCAUGCUUAGGUAUUUAUGGACAUUGCCUUCCAAAUGAAAUCUGAAAAGAUUUCGAUCGAAUUUUCCACACGAGAUUUUUAAAGUACGAAAGAAAUUUGUAUAUUUAAAAAUCCAGGAGACAAAGCUGUUGAUUUUACCAUAUAUCUCAACAAAGUAAUAUAUAAAGUCAAUUUAAGCAAAGGGUAUGGAACGCGGAGAUAUUCCUGCCAAAAAGAAAAAAAUGUCAGAGGAAAAUAAUCAAGAUAACCUCAAUGAGGAUCGUCUACUUUUGUGUGUUUUCAAAAAUGAAGAAGGUGAAGAGCACCGAGGACUCCUAGUUUACUAUCACUUUACUUCAAAAGACUUGGAUGAUCUCUUACAACAAGCAACAUCAUCUGAUGAAAGUUUGCAGUGCAAAUAUUUCAUUAAAGAUGUAGAAAUUAAUGGAACAUUAUCCGAAACCUUAAAUCAACUAGAACUAGCAGGAACGUCUAGCGAAGUAGAAAUAUAUUAUGUACCACAAGCAAUAUUCAAAGUUCGAGCAGUGACGCGUUGCACAAGUACCAUUGAAGGUCACGCAGAGGCUAUUCUUUCAGUUCAGUUUAACCCUAAUGGAAGAUAUUUAGCCAGUGGCUCAGGAGAUACAACAGUUAGAUUUUGGGACAUCUAUACAGAAAGUCCUCAAUAUACGUGUAAAGGACAUAAGCAUUGGGUUUUAGCAAUCGCAUGGUCUCCCGAUGGAAAAACUCUAGCAUCGGGUUGUAAAAAUGGAUUGAUUAUGCUAUGGAAUCCUGCAAAUGGGUCUCAAAAAGGUAGUCCGCUAAAAAGUCAUUCCAAAUGGAUAACAUCUUUAGCUUGGAAGCCAAUGCAUUUAGAUGGGAAAUGUAGAUUACUAGCCAGUGCUUCAAAAGACGGUAGCAUAAAAAUAUGGGAUACCGUUCUGAGCAGAUGUAUGAUGUCGCUAACAAGUCACACUCAAAGCGUAACCUGUGUCCGAUGGGGAGGUACGAAUUUAAUUUACUCUGGUUCGCAAGACCGAACUAUAAAGGUUUGGAGAGCGUCAGAUGGAGUACUUUGUAGGACACUUCAAGGACACGGACAUUGGGUGAAUUCGAUGGGUUUGAGUUGCGAUUAUGUUUUAAGAACUUCUUGCUUUGAUCCCGCGAAAGCUAACAUUGUACACGAAACAAUCGAUCUAGGUGAAGAAGCUCAACAGAAACUAGCUUUAGAAAGAUAUCAAAAGGUUGUCGGUAGUCAACCAGAGCGUUUAGUAACUGCUUCGGAUGAUUUAACAAUGUUUCUCUGGACUCCGGAGAGUUCUUCGAAAUCUGUCGCCAGACUGACUGGUCAUAUGCAGGUUGUUAACCAUGUUGCAUUUUCUCCUAGUACUCUUUAUAUAGCCAGUGCUUCCUAUGAUAAAUCUAUAAAAUUGUGGAACGGUAGGACAGGAGCUUUUAUUACAACUUUUCUGGGGCAUGUGCAAAGAGUUUAUCAGGUGAGCUGGUCGGCCGAUAGUAGAUUAUUAUGUUCGUCAAGUGCCGACUCUACACUCAAGAUAUGGAAUGUAGAAAGGAAGAAGUUGUUAUUAGACCUUGGAGGUCAUGCCGACGAAGUUUACGCACUUGAUUGGAGUCCGGAUAGUCAAAGGGUGGCUAGUGGUGGUAAAGAUAAAGUACUAAAAUUAUGGCGCCAAUAAAAUUCUCUUUUAGGCAAUUAUGCAUUAUUUUUGUAUUAUAAAAUAUUAUUUUGUUAAAGAAAGUAAAACACUAUUUUUGAUUCGAAAUAAAAAUACGAUAAAAUAUUA